GGCGGGCAGAGACACAGCAGCAAAUUCCUUUCUCCCUUCCCUUGGUGUAAGCAAAAGCCAUUAAUUAGGUCGCUUUGGACCUACAACUUGGUGAAGCAGAAAGCAGGUGUGCUCACUCACUCAAGCCACAGCAAAACAAUCGAUCCACAGCAAAACAAUCGAUCCCCCGCCCCAUCACACACACACACACACACUCACGCACUCACACGCCCCAACAGACAGUCAACCCCCACGGUGAAUUCGCCCUCCCCCCUCCCUGCUCCCUUGAUGCUGAAGGCCUAUAUGUCUAUCUGUCUAUCUCUCUAUGUUGUAUGCUAUCGGUCAGUCAACUUUUCUUGACGGCUGGUGCCUGCAGCACGUCCACAAUCUGGGAGAUGGCCGCGGACGUCAUGCUCCUGACGACGCCCGUCGCCUCCCCCACCCCCAUGGACCCCUCCCCCACCUUUCUGGCAAUCGAGUGCACCGCCCCCUGCUUGUCGCGCCGCAGCAGCUGGAUGGCCACCAGCCCUAUGGAAGGCACCGACAGGCCCAGGCAUUUGCUCUCCUGCCCCUCCGCCUCUCCCCCUCCCUCCCCGUCUUCGGUCUUGACGCGUGCCAUGACUGCGUUGCUGAGGGUCUUUUGCACGUCGAGGUGCUUCAUGAUGGGCACCAGGUACCGCCACGCCAUCGAGGCCCUCUCUCCCAUGUCCACCACUUUCUGGGGCAGGUCGGUCAGGCCCACAGGCUCGGGCUCGGCUGUUGGGGACGAAGCCGACUCGCCACCAUUAUCGCCACCACCAUUAGUCGUCGUCGCCAGGUCGGUGAGGACUUUCUGGAAGCCUUGAGACAUGAGCGUGAUGGAUGAGGAGUCCGUAUCGUCACUGACGUUGUUAUCGUCCUGUUUGCCUGUCUCUUCUGUCUCAUCCUUGUCCUUUUCCUUGCCCUUUUCCUCCUGGUGCCGUCUCGAUGGCCGACCACUUUCCUCUCCAGCUGUUGAAGGGUGGUAGAAGAGCUCCACACGAGGAGGGCCGUAGGGGUGAUACCGUGGCCUACAGGCAGUGAGCCUUUGCAGCAUCGAGCUCGGCGUCAGCUGCCCCCCGCCCCCCUCCCCCUCUGCCUCUCCGUCUCCGUCUCCCUCAGUGCAUCGGCCCAUGACGAGCAUGUCGUCCAGCUCGUCUUUGAAGCGAGACGAGGAGGACCGCGGGUCGGGGUCCAUGUCCAUGAAGGCCCGCUCGGCAUCGCUCGUGGGCCCCGGUGGCAGCAUGUCCAUGUCCGUCGUCAGUGUGGCGUCGUCGGCCUCCGUCUUCAGGUGGCUCUUUCCCCUCUUGCUGCGGCGGGCGGGGCCGUACUUGGUGGGCAUGUCUUUGUGUUUGUGUGUGUAGGGGGAGAUGCCGAGGGAGGGGGUGGGGCUGAGGGACGAUGUGCCGCCCAUUGCAGCAGCAGCAGCAGCAGCAGCACUGUAGUGGUGGCCGCCGAGCGACCGGUCGAUGUCGUACAUGGCUAUGGCGCCAUCCUGCACAGCACACAUGACAGACACGAAGGAGAGAAAGAAAAAGAGACACAGCUGGCACCAACCAUCACCAAGGCAAGGCAGGCACCACCUCCCGAUUCGGCCCAGCCCACAUACCUCCAUGUGUGCAUCAGCAGCAGCAGCAGCAGCAGCGUGUGCGUGUGCGUGUGCGGCGGCUGAGGAUUGCGCCACGGCCUCACUGAGCAUCUGAGCCAUGUGAUACUGGUGUGCUGCCUCGCUGGCCAGGAGCAUCUGGGCGCCCAGCUCGUUGGCCAUCGGGGUCCAUGUGGUCGCCUUGGCCAUGACGGGCGGCUGGCGAGAGAGCUUGGCGCGCACCCGCUGAUGGACGACACUGAGAGGGAGGCGCCGCAUGUGCUCCAGGUGGAGACGCUGGACCAGACCCCACAAGUCACUGACACGACAAUGGGUGGAUAGGCAUAGCAUAGGCAGAUAGGGAAUUCAUGGGAGACAAUUUAGGCGAACCAUCGAUAUGCCAAUCUCAGGAGAUCUUCGUUCUUGAGCAGACAGAUGCGCUGCCCUUGCUCAGUGCCUGCGACAGUACAGGACAUCACUCACAUCAAUCAAUGCCUUCAAGGUACACUGACUGCACUUAGGUAGGUAGGUAUCAUCAGACCAGACCGCAUACACACCUGAGAGUCCCUUGAGACGGAUGCAUCGGCGGAGCAUUUCUCGCCCGGCCUCACCCAGUGUCAGCGUCAUGCCAUCCUCAUACUCAAACCGCUGCAGCACACACGCACACGAACAUACCAUGGAUGCGACACCUAUCGAUGUAGCCCGCCUUCUCAUUUCCCCACCCUGACCAGUUUCGGCGGGAUGGUUGAGACCUCACAGAGCCCCAGCAGGUCGUCCUUGCUGAUCUUGAGCCCAUGUAUGGUGACCUCUUCGACACCCGUCUCCCUCCUCCGCAAGUAUCCCUCCACCUUGACACGUCGCGACUUUGGCGGCGGCCGGUAGCGCUCCUCCUCCUCUAUUAUCACCUGACCCGUGCCGCCCACCUCCAGCAACUUGGGCACUCGCAGGCCACCCGACACACGACGCGGCACGUACUCGUCCUCAUCCUCAUCGCUGCUCUCCCCCUUGGUGCCGUCCUGGCUCUCGCCCUCCAUCUCCGGACGCCACUCGUCCGACCCGUCAUCGGCAGGGGGGUCCUCAGCCAUUGACAUACCAGGGGGAGGGGGCGUCACCGCCUUGCUUGUGGCGCGACCGCCUCUGCGCCCCUUGGCGCCACGGCCCCUCCCUCUCCCCUUGCGCGGCGACACGUUCCAGCCGCCCCGGGUAGACCCACGCGGGCGGCCUUUGGGUCGGCCGCGGGUGCCCUUCUUGCCCCUCGUGCAAGGCCCCUCUUCGUUGGAGCCCGGGGAGGGGGACCGAGUGAAGAAGGGCAUCAUCAUACUGUGGGGACGACCGCAGGGGAGACACACAUACAUGUGUGUGUCUCUGUUUGAGUUGUUCGCCUGUAUAUCGUACCGUGGUGGGAAGGGGAAGGGCAUGAAGGGGCUGAAGUGCGGGUAGUGCAUCUGGUACUGCAUCAGCCGGUGCAUCACGUCGAACGGCAUGCGGCCCUCAUAACCCAAGUAGCCCGCACCCUCCCCCGCACCACCCCCUUCUCCGUCGUGUGCCCCGUAACCAUCAGCACCAGCAACGUCAUCACAAUCACCACCGCGGCCGACCAGGGCCUGGAAGGAAUUAAUUGACCCAAACUAUGUGUCUCUCGGGUUUCCGUGCAGUGCAGUGCCGUGCUCUGCUGUGUGACCUACCUGCUGUCUUAGGUCUCCGCUGAUUUGUCUGAGACCGUGUGGUCCUUCGCUGCUGUCCGGGCCAGCCAUCGAUCGCAGCAUCAGGUCGUCGCUGGUUCCGUUAGUGUCGGUGGCGCGGCCGGCCCGUGAAGGAAGGGGCAGGUGCAGGUGAGACGGGAGCCUGCACGAGCAGGACAAUGAGGGAGGGGAUCUGUGUGUCAGGAGUGUGGGGCUCACGUGACUUGUGAUUGUCCGGGAGGCGAUGAAGGUCCAGCCUGGGAGGGACAAGAGACACAACACCAUGUCUGUCUACCACCGAUGUCUCCCUCCCUCCCUCCCUCAGUCACUCACCUGUUCCUUGCCCCCAUUCUCUCUUUGUUGUAGCUCCUCGGCAUCGUCUCCCCCCAGCAGUUUGAGCAUUGUGUCCACCUCUUCAUCCAUCGCCCUGCUCCCUCUCUCACACCCGUCCGUCGCCCCAAAUCUCACCUCGUCGGCACCUUCACCCAGCACCUCCCCAUCCGUCCCAGGGGGCAGCACCACACCCAGUGCUUCACGGCUCGGCAAACAGAAGGAGGUCGUAGCUGGAGGCCGAUCGGCUGCCGCGGGGAUGAUGUGGCGGCCGCGUUUCGGGCCGCCGAGGGCUGGUUUGUCUCUGCGAUUGGCGUGCCCCUGUCGCUUGUCUCUGUGUAUGUCGUGUGGGACGAGGUCGUCGAGGUCACUGUGGUUGGGAAUCGACCGCUGCUGUGCCGUGUUCCUCUCGGACUCGACCUUCUCGAGGGCCUCCUCCAGGUCCUUCUCAGUCGACAUCAGGGGGUAGGGGCCGGGCUGGUGGGCUCCGUCACUUGUCGGGAGCAGCCCUGACAUAGCGGGAGGGUUGGCCUGAUGUGACGAAGGGGGUGUACAGCGAUGGUUGUCCGGUCGUGUCUUGGGUCGUGUCUUCGGUUUUCAAAGCAUGAGAGAGCGGUUGGCAGGGGGCGGUGUGGACCUGUAGGCCCGGUGGGGACAAGACUCACAGACCCCCCUGCGGCGCACAGGACGCCCUGCAGCAGACCGAGCGACGGCUUGUCGUUCGAGAGAAGGCUCAAGAGAGAGAAGGCGAGUGGGACAGAGUCACGUGUCCCGCUCUCAGUCCCAGCCGUCCGUCACAAACGCGUGAACGGAAUACUGUGGUGUGGAAAGGGACGGAAGAGGCAAUGCGCGCAGGAACGCCG